UUGGAUUUGCCCCCCUUGCAUCCCCGCAGAGCUCGGGGGGACCCCCGGGGCAGCCCCUGGGGCUGGGUCCCCCAUCGGGGCCGCGGUCCCCAUGGCGGGUGGCGGGGUUUGGGAUGCAGUUGCCCAGGCAACGGGAGCAGGGCGUUCCUGGCAGCGGUGGUCGCCAUGGGGACGGGGAUGCUGACGAAGGCUUGCGAGGCUGAGAAGACAAAUUGCCCUCAUCAUUAUCUCCGGGCUUGUCAAUCAAACAUAUUCCCUUAUUUACCUCGGCGAGGAGAGAGCCCCGGGAGCACACGGAGAGGGAGGGAGCGAGAGGAGAGCUGCUUGCCCCCAACUCCGCACCGGGAGGGAGAGUCUCCAGCCCCCGGGGAUGGCCACCAUCACCUGCAACCGCUUCACCGAGGAGUACCAGCUCUUUGAGGAACUGGGCAAGGGCGCUUUCUCCAUCGUCCGGAGAUGCGUGAAGGUGUUGGCAGGACAAGAGUAUGCGGCCAAAAUCAUCAACACCAAGAAGCUGUCUGCCCGAGAUCACCAGAAGCUGGAACGAGAGGCUCGGAUCUGCCGCCUCCUGAAGCACCCCAACAUCGUGAGGCUCCACGACAGCAUCUCCGAAGAGGGCCACCACUACCUGAUAUUCGACCUGGUCACCGGUGGGGAGCUGUUUGAGGACAUCGUGGCCAGGGAGUACUACAGCGAAGCGGAUGCCAGCCACUGCAUCCAGCAGAUCCUGGAGGCUGUCCUGCACUGCCACCAGAUGGGGGUGGUCCAUCGGGACCUGAAGCCCGAGAACCUGCUGCUGGCCUCCAAGCUGAAGGGAGCCGCCGUCAAGCUGGCUGACUUCGGCCUCGCCAUCGAGGUGGAGGGGGACCAGCAAGCCUGGUUCGGUUUCGCUGGCACCCCGGGAUACCUCUCCCCCGAGGUGCUCCGGAAGGAUCCCUAUGGCAAAGCCGUGGACCUGUGGGCUUGCGGCGUCAUCCUGUACAUCCUGCUGGUGGGGUACCCGCCCUUCUGGGAUGAAGACCAGCACCGCCUGUACCAGCAGAUCACUGGGGCAUACGAUUUCCCCUCCCCUGAAUGGGACACAGUCACUCCUGAAGCAAAAGAUCUCAUCAACAAGAUGCUGACCAUAAACCCCUCCAAGCGCAUCACGGCAGCGGAGGCUCUGAAGCACCCCUGGAUAUCGCACCGUGCCACCGUGGCCUCAUGCAUGCACAGGCAGGAGACCGUGGACUGCCUGAAGAAGUUCAAUGCCCGGAGGAAGCUAAAGGGAGCCAUCCUCACCACCAUGCUGGCCACCAGGAACUUCUCCGGAGGCAAGAGCGGUGGCAACAAGAAGAAUGACGGCGUGAAGAAAAGAAAGUCCAGUUCCAGCGUUCAGUUAAUGGAAUCGUCGGAGAGCACCAACACCACCAUCGAGGAUGAAGACACCAAAGUGAGGAAGCAAGAAAUCAUUAAGGUGACAGAGCAGCUGAUCGAAGCAAUAAGCAACGGCGACUUUGAGUCCUACACGAAGAUGUGUGACCCUGGGAUGACUGCCUUCGAGCCUGAGGCUCUGGGGAACCUCGUGGAAGGCCUGGAUUUCCACCGAUUCUACUUUGAAAACCUGUGGUCCCGGAACAGCAAACCCGUGCACACGACGAUCCUGAACCCCCACAUCCACCUGAUGGGGGACGAGUCGGCCUGCAUCGCCUACAUCCGCAUCACGCAGUACGUGGACGCGGGGGGCAUCCCCCGCACGGCCCAGUCCGAGGAGACCCGCAUCUGGCACCGCCGCGACGGCAAAUGGCAAAUCGUCCACUUCCACAGAUCCGGCGCGCCUUCCGUCCUACCGCACUGAAGCGCGGCCCGGCCCGUGUCAGGUUUGUCACUGACUGAGUGAGUGCCCGGGGAGACCCCUCCGACUCCCCCCGACGGGACUUUGGCUGUUGGCUCUGCUGCUUGGUUCCCGCUGGAACAACCCCUCGCUUCUCACCGCACACACCCAACGGCCCCGCCGGCGCCCGCAAGCACCCCACCACCGUCCCCACCCGCCGGGCUCCCCUUUCCUCUGCAUGAACCAAGACAAGAGACACCGCGAACCUAAACCUCAGCAUUUGGCGCCUGCCGGGGCAAAAGCCUCUCCCCCCAACCCCGGGCUGCAUGGCAUUUCUGGCCCCCCCACGGCCCCGCAGCCCGGCACGGCCCUUGGACUGGGAUAGGACUCGUCGUCCGUCUCCAUCCCUGCCUCCGCUGGGAGCUCCCCGAGGAAGAGGAGGGCGCGGGGGCAGCUUGGAGCCACCCCGUGCCGCAGCCCCCUGCCAUGUACCCGUGGAUUUUGCCUUGCUGCUAUCGAGGUCCUCGCUCGCCGCUGGGGCUCCCACCCUGAUUUCUCACCUCCCGGCAGCCUCAGCCGGGGAAUUUGGGUUUAAACCAUCGGCAAAAAGUUCAGCGUCCGUGCGCCCCGGGUGAGGAGGGCCGUGUGUGCGUGGAGGGGUGAGUAAAGGCAACCCGGCGUUUUCCUUUCCACGGAACAUGGGCCAGCUCCUUCCCAGCAGGGUAAGUAGGUUUGCGCCCCGGCUGCUCGCCCUCCUUCCUCCCUUCUCCCCUGGGAGCCGGGACCGGCGAAGCCGGGAGGAGAUAGGCGACUGCACCCCAGGGCUUGGCUCUCCCAGCCCUGCCGGCGGGUUUGGGGCACCCGCAUCGCCCCCACGCCCUCCUCCCGUCCCUCUGAACCCCUUCCCCAGCCCCUCGCAUGCAGCACCCGCAGCUCCCCGCGGCACAAGGGCCGGGGCAGCCGAGCUGGCCACCGAUUCGAGACGCAAUCCGCCAUCGCCCACACGACACCUUCCAGCGAAGACGAGGAAUGCAAGCUUUAGUAACCAAACUCUGCAGAAAUCUGGUCGUGCUUCGAAGAAACAACCAAGCCUUUAGCUAUCUUCUACUUUGAGCGCAUGCCUUUUUAUAGGAACAAAGAAAACCGACCUACCGUGUAUUUCGUAACUUGAUUUGGAGUAUUUGCGGAAAUGGAUCUUUAUGUAAUAACUAGAAAUGUUCAGCUGUUUAGGGCGGGGGGUGGGGUGGGGUGGGGAUUUUCGGGGGUUGCUGUUUUUUCGUUGCGUUUACAUUUGGAGAGGGGUUGCAUUGCCGUGCUGCUCCCAGCACCGGGGCACCCAUGUCCCCAGGGCACCCACGUCCCUGGGGCACCCGCAGGGCUGCCUGCAGGGCAAACCAAGCACUGGGGGCUCUUUGGAGCCACCAGGAUGUGUUUUUCAGGAUGGAAAGCAGGGCCGGGAAGGGGGAUUUUUGGUCUCGCCCCUUUGCCGUCAGGUCUGAGAGGCGCGAGGGCGGAGGUUUUUCCGGCAGCCCUCCCGUUUCUGGGUCUGUUUUUCCGAUGGAAGCUCUUGGCUUGUUGGCGUGGGGCUCCUGCAGCGCCGCCGCCCCGGGGACUUUCUAGCUGCACUCUCUUCAUCUGCAUGGCGUUUAACUUUCUAGACGGUGCGUGUGUUGAAAAACAAAGAAAUGAACAACAACAACAAAAAGAAGAAAAACAAACAAAAAAAACAAGCGCUUGUUUUGGACAUAAAAAAAAAAAGGAAAAAAAGGAAAAAAAAAAAAGGAAAUGUUUUCUCCAUGUAAAUUCUGAGCGUGUAUUUUGCCUUUUCUGUGGUUUUGAGUGCUUUGCUCUCUGUCUAGGCAGGGGUGGCUGCCUCGUGUAAAACAGCCACGUACUUGCAGACUGCAAAAAAUAUUUUCCCACUGGAUGGAGGGGCAGUAACCCAAAGCGUUGGGGCAGUGAGAGGCUGAGAGGUGUUGGCCAUGUCCCGCUGUGCCGGGGCUGAGAUCCUUGCUGGCAGUGCACAGAGGAGAUGCCUUCUGGGGGGACAAAUCCAACAGGACUUCCAUGGGCACAAAUGUGUCCAUGCGCCCUUGGUGGACCUGUGCUAGGAGCGAGGCUGGCUUACACAAGUUGGCCCCUAAAGCAGGGAAAUCCUUUCAGGGAGAGGAUCAGCGUUUAAGGUAGAGUUGGGGUGUUUGUACAGACCCGAUUUUCUUCCUGUAGUCGUGUAGUGAUGAUUUUUUUUUCAUUUUUAAGGGAAGGACUCAGCUCUUUCACAGUCCUCUCUCCCCCUCUCCAGCGUGGCGAGUGCUUUAUCCACCUCCCCACGUCAGGAGCAUUUUGGGGAUGGAUGUGAGAGGAAGGAGGAGGCCAUGGCAGGGCUCUGCAUGGGGCCAUGGGGCUCAGCCUGGUUUUGGAGCUGCUGGCAGAAAAAAGGGCUGUGCUGGGGUGACAGGUGAGAUGCUGGGGUAGGCACCAUCUCCUUUCUUUGAGCCCUUUUUGGGUGGUCACUGCUAGAGAAGAACAUCUUGUGUUCCAGGGAGGCUUUGAGCUGUUUUGGAGAUGGUUUCUCCUCCUUGGGGCUUCCCUUCUGUCAUCUCUCCGGGGAUAAAUUCUUUUGGAGGCACCUGGAUGUCCUUGCAACACCCAAAAUGCUCCCGAUCCUUCCAAGGGAAGCAGAGUCUGGGGUUUCAACUCUUUCCAGUCUUCCAGUCGAGCUGAAGCCUGACCAAGGAAGACCCAACUUCCCAACCUGCCUGAUGUGGCAGCGUUAAGCACCGGCACUUUAGGGGUCUGUUCUGCCUGGUUUCUCUCCCCACCUUGCCCUGGUCCUCCGGAGCAGGUUUCUGCAUCCCCAGAGCAUCUCCGAACGAGCGCUGCUAAACCACCCCCUUUGCUUUUAGUAGCCAUGGUGAAACACCUCCUGUCUGUCUUCCUUUGUGCUUCCUGAUUUUGCCAGAACUUGCAGGAAAACCGAAAUAAAUAAAUAAAUAAAAUAAUUAAAUUUUCAUCAACUGAGCUAGGGCUGCUGCAGCUGCUGCUGGCACCAUCCCCAGUGCCACCCCAGCAGCCCCAGUGCCACCCCAGCUGCGUUAUCUCCCGCGUACACACGGCCUGAAGGGCCUGGCCAGCUGGGGCAACCUAAAUUCACAAGUCCUCCAAACCGAUCUCCUUUGCUGUCUCGCAGGCCACAGGAUUUAUCAGUGUGAGGGCUUGACAUGACGGUCUCAGGCUCCCAGAGCCGUGGGUAGGGCUGGAGCUGCCCCUUUUCCCUUCCUGACUUUGUGCCCAGCUGCAGCAUCUUCAUUUCUCAGGUCUUGCUGGAAGGGGAGAGCCCGCUCCAGGACCUCUGCUCUUUGCUCUUCUCCACACCCCAGCCAGGCACAGAGCUGUCUUCCCCCUUCCCGAAUAUAUAUUUCACCCUCCAGACCCCAAACCUGCCUCCUCUCCCUUUGCCCCCCAUGAAUUCCUGACCCCACGGAGACCCACAGGUUGGAGCUGGCUGCGCUCGCCUCCCCAGGAGGACCAUCCAACAGCAGGACCAUGUCUGAGAGCCCCAUGGACCAAGCAGAAAACCCCAUAACCAUCUCCUCUGAUCACCCCAGGAGCCAGGGCUAACCCUUUAUGGCCACCGUGGGACAUCCCAUGGCCUGCAGAGCUCUUUUGGAGCAAGCAUCGUGCUCCCACACCUUGCCACCGUCCGUUCCCAAAGGUGCAGGUCCCAGCCCCUCCACACCACAUGGGGAAACCCAGACUUGGGCACAUCAGAGGAGGGGACGGUGACCCCUGUGCCACUUGUCCCCAGAGGCCACCCAGCAGCUCCCAGCCCCUUGGCUGUGUCCUUCCCUCCUGUGGGAUGACAGGGAGUGGGAGAGGGGGCAUAGAGGGGGCUCUAUGGAGCGGCUCCUUCCUGCUUUGGGUUGUUGUCCCUUUUUUUCUAACCGUUGCACAACUUUAGGGCUUUUGUAACAUUUUUUUGGACGAGCAGGGAAAAUGUUAACAGUGGUUUAAGAAAAAAAAAAAAGAAAAACGAGCUCUGUCUCUCUUAUAUAAUAUAUAUAUAAUAUAAAUAUACACACAGGAA